UAAACAGUAAGCUUUUUAACAGAAAACUUUUAUUAGAAAACUGUUAUUUACUAAAAAACUGCAGGAAGACUAGCAAGCAUAGCAGAAGACCAGCUUGGCUUAGCAGGGAAUUCGUCAGUAAACUAAACCUCAGAAAGAAAGCUUAUAAGAAGUGGAGACUUGGACAAACAACUGGGGAGGAUAAGAGUAUUGCUUGGGCAUGCAGGGAUGAAGUAAGAAAGGCUAAAGCACAAUUGGAGUUGCAGCUAGCAAGGGAUGUGAAGGGUAACAAGAAGAGUUUCUACAGGUAUGUCAAAAACAAGAGGAAGAUCAGAGAAAGUGUGGAUCCCUUACUGAAUGGGGGAGGCAACCUUGUGACAGGAUGUAGAAAAGGCUGAAGUACUAAAUGUUUUUUUCACCUCGGCCUUCAUAGGCAAGGUAAGCUCCCAAACUACUGCACCAGGCAACUGAGUUUGGGGUGGAGGUGAGCAGCCAGCAGUGGCGAAAGAAGAGUUUAGGGACUAUUUAGCAAAGCUGGACAUGUACAAGUCUAUGGGGCCAGAUUGGAUGAAUCUGAGGGUGCUGGGGGAGUUGGCUGAUGUGAUUGCAAAGCUGGUGGCCAUCAUCUUUGAAGACUCAUAGCAAUCAGGAGAGGUUCCGGAUGAUUGGAAAGGGCAAAUGUAGUGCCCAUAUUUAAGAGAGGGGAAAAGGAAGAUCCAAGGAACUACAGACCAGUCAGGUUCACCUCAGUCCCUGGAAAAACCAUGGAGCAGAUUCUCCAGGAAUCCACUUCUAAGCACUUGGAGGAGAAAAAGGUGAUUAGGAACAGUCAGCAUAGAUUCAGCAGGGUCAAGUAAUGCGUGACCAACCUGAUCACCUUCUAUGAUGAAAUGACUGGCUCUGUGGAUGGGGAGGAACUGGUGGAUGUGGUGUACCUUGAUUUUUAGCAAGGCUUUUGAUGCGGUCUCCUACAACGUUCUUGCAGGCAAGCUAAGGAAGGAUGGGCUGGAUGAAUAGAAUGUAAGGUGGAUAGAAAACUGGUGGGAUCAUCGGGCUCGGAGGAUAAUAAUGGCUCAAUGUUUAGUUGGCAGCUGGUAUCAAGUGGAGUGCCGCAGGGGUCAGUGCUGGAUCUGGUUUUGUUCAAUGUCUUCAUCAACGACCUAAAAUAUGGCAUACAGUACAGGCAGUCCUUGACUUAUGACUGUUUGAGUUAUGACAAACGGUACAUACGACCUUUGUAAAUUACGACACUGUUUCAAGGUUCCAAAGGAAUUUCGACUUUAUGGCACUGGACACAGCUGCCUCCCAUUGCCCAUUAACUUGAGCAAAUGCACUCUCUCUCUUCAUAUUUUCCAUCUGAAUGAGGAAAAACCAAGCACUGAAAACCUAGAAGAAGAGAAUGAGGAUAUUGUUGCAGCCAACCACUGGGUACUACCUGCAGCUGAAUUCCAUGGUCUUUGGGAGAGCCUUGUGUAUGACAUAGAAGUAAAAUCACAUCUACUUGAUUAUGUGACGACAACCUUACUAUUUUCUGACAGAAAUGUAGACAGCAAUCUGAUAUCCUGGAACAGAGUUGUCUUACUGCAUGGUCCUCCGGGAACUGGUAAAACCUCACUCUGUAAAGCCCUGGCUCAGAAGCUCACCAUUAGGCUUUCAUACAGGUACAGGUAUGGACAGUUAAUUGAAAUAAACAGUCACAGUCUCUUCUCCAAAUGGUUUUCUGAGAGUGGCAAACUUGUAACCAAGAUGUUUCAGAAGAUUCAAGAGUUAAUAGAAGACAAGGAUGGCCUUGUAUUUGUAUUAAUUGAUGAGGUGGAAAGUCUCACAGCAGCCCGGAGUGCUUUCCGGGCAGGCACAGAGCCGUCAGAUGCCAUCCGUGUAGUGAAUGCUGUACUCACACAGAUAGAUCAGAUUAAAAGGUAUCCCAAUGUUGUUAUCUUGACUACUUCAAAUAUUACAGAGAAAAUUGAUAUGGCAUUUGUGGACAGGGCUGAUAUAAAGCAAUACAUUGGACCUCCAUCUGCAACAGCAAUAUUCAAAAUAUAUGUUUCUUGUUUGGAAGAAUUGAUGAAGUGUCAGAUAAUAUAUCCUCGACAGCAGCUGCUGACACUGAGAGAGCUGGAGAUGAUUGGUUAUAUAGAAAAUAAUGUGUCAAAACUAAGUCUUGUAUUAAAAGAAAUUGCAAGAAAAAGUGAAGGUCUUAGUGGCCGGGUCUUGAGGAAGCUUCCUUUCUUAGCACAUGCACUUUACAUACAAUCUCCAACUGUUACAAUGGCAGCCUUUCUUCAGGCUCUUUCACUUGUAGUGGAUAAACAAUUUGAAGAAAGAAACAUACUUGCAAGCUGCGUUUGACUUUUUGUACAGUUCUAUAAUUGUCAUGUGUUUUCCUUGUUACCAUGGAAGACUGUUCUGCACAAUCCAUGCACCAGUUAUUCCGUCUGUGAAGUGUAACUCAAUUUGGAUUAAGAAACCCCAAUUUCAAGAUGUUGGUUUAUAAACAGAACUGUGGAUAAUGUUUACAGUACACUCUUUUUUUAAAGAAGACUUAUUUCAAAUUCCAGUCCUAGACAUGAUUCAAAAUUUAAUUCCUAGAAUGAGAUUUUUUUUUAAAAUUCCUUUUCACAACUAUUAAAAGUCUCUCUAAAUUAUGUUCCUUGUUCCUAACCAUUUUACCUAUUUGUAUUCAGUCUUUAUCCAUUUUUGGAAGGGGGGGGAGGGUUGGUUUUUUUCUUCUUUUUUUUAACAUGUAUCAAACCUAGAGAUCUGAUAGUUUAUGUAAUGCAAAAACGGAGUUCUUGUUCUAACUCUAAAAAAGUAGCAGGAAUGAAAUGAAGGGUUGGAUUUUCAAAAACAGUUAGCAGUAGCUGGACUGUUCAUGUCAAAGGAAUUCUACAAGUGACUAGUGAGAGCACAGCUAAAUCAAGGUAUAAAGCAUUUUUGAAAUUCCACUCUGUCCUUGAAAGUAAGAUCAAAAAGAUUAUCUUCAUAUUAUAUUUUGUCCUGUUAGCUUUUUUAAAUGAGUGUAGGGAAGUUAACUACAGGAAAGUGAACAUUUGCUGAAGAGCACAAGUGUCUUGUAGAAUUGUAGGCAGAAGGUUCUUUUAAAAAUGUAAAGGAUUUGAUUUUGUUUGCCACUUAAGUUACAGACCUUAAGUUACAAAUCAUACUUAUUGUAAAGAGUUCAUGUGCAAAACCAAGGGUAUUAAUGAAUUUGUGUUCUAGAGCAGUGUUUCUCAACCUGUGGUACGUGUACCCCUGGGGGUACGUGAAACAUGGGCAGGGGGUAUGUGGGUGCUGCAUUUUGGUCUUUGCCUGCUUGGGCUGGAAAUUCCAGCCACUGCCCCUCCCACCAUGUCUGGUGCACCGGAGCUUUCACUCCCCAGCAUCUGUGUGCCGGGGGAUAGGGAGGGAGGACGCGCGCAGGCUGCUUUGCCCUGGGCUGUGGUGGAAAAAGUGGGACUCGGCUCGUGGCAGCGAAACUGGAAGUGCCAUGGUGGGACUUCUGGUUUCACUUUUGCCACAUCGACUGGCAGGGUGUACGUAAGAUACCAGAGGUUGAGAACCACUGUUCUAGAGGAAUACAGUUAAAGUUAUACAUGCAAUAUGAAGUUGUCUAGUAAAAACGUGACAGCUAUUAUUUAGUUUAAUGGAGAAAUAGUAUGUAUUUUCUUUUUUUAAUUCAUUUUUGACAGCAUUUCAGCUGUUGGGUGAAACAGUUGUUUGCAUGGAACUUUCUUCUAUUUAAAAAAAAACCCCAAAACUGAUUGUAAAAUUUAAACCAGCGGCACAAAGUAGUUCAGCUGUAGUAGCUGAAUUACACUAAAUUUAGUCUGUUUAAAUAAAAUGAGUUAAAAGUUGACAGUGGUCCUUUAACAUGUACAGCUUAACUUGCUACUACAACAUUGUUAAUGACUUCUUCUAGUGACUCAGUUCUUUCUGAUCAAUGUUGUACGUGUUUCAUGAGAUGGUAGGCUUACUCCAUUGUCGUGAAUUGUUCAUAUUGAUGAACACUGUAAACUGCAUUAAACAAUUUUUUACAGA